AUGGAUGUCUUCUUGAUGAUCCGUCGCCACAAAAUGACCAUCUUUGCUGAUGCCAAGGAGACGACCACCGUGCAGGAGCUGAAGAAGAUUGUGGAGGGCAUCCUGAAGAGGCCUCCGGAGGAGCAGCAGCUAUACAAGGAUGACUGGUUGCUGGAGGAUGGUGACAGGACCUUGAUAGAAUGUGGGUUAAGCAGUCAGACCUCCCGUCCCCAGGCGCCAGCCAUGGUGGGCUUGGCCUUAUUCAGAGCCAGCGAGGGCUCCUUUGAGCCAUUGCACAUCGACCCCUUCUCCAGCACCCCCGAGCUGCCUGAUGUCUUGAAGCCUCAAGAUUCUGGCAGCAGCUCCGGCGAGCAGCCUAUGCAGUGA